AUGGCACCCAUCAAACAAGAGGGAGAAAAUACCAACAUGUCCGGCACUUCUAAUACCAGCCAGUCUGCUCAGCAGCCGUCUGCUGGUGCACCAGCGCUACAGUCGGGAGCUCCACAGCAGGUGAAUGCAGCUCAAGCACAACAAAUCAGGGCCCAACAGGCGGCUAGGCAACAGCAAGCUAAAGGGCAGCAAUUUUCACAGGCUGAACUGAAUCGAAUUGUGUUGGAAUACUUGAACAAAAAAGGUUACCAUCAAACGGAGGCCAUGCUGAGAGUGGAAAGCUCGCGGUUGCUGACUCCACAGGGGCCUAUGCAGACUCCCAAUAACUCUGCUAUAGCACCUCCAUCGGCCCCCAAUGCUCAGAGGAACAGAUUGCCAUUUCAGCAGAAUCAACAACAUAUACAACAGCAACAGGCAAUUCUCAGAGAGACUCCUCAGGCGUAUACGCGUGCUUACUCCAUGCUAAGAUCGUGGUGCGAGUCUUCUUUGGAUCUGUACAGAUACGAGCUUGAGAAGAUAUUAUUUCCAAUAUUUAUACACUGCUAUCUGAAUUUGAUUGCGAAGGGCGAUUCUUCGGAAGCCCGUGAAUUUUUCAACAAGUUUUCAAAGGACCACUUGAUUUUGCACGAGUUUGAGAUUUCCAAAGUGGCUGGAAUUGCUCUGAAGGAGCACAUUGACGAGAAUGAGGUUGCUAAACUGUUCAGAACUCAUAAGUACAGGAUACUGAUAUCAAAGACCUCGUUCAAUCUCCUGCUCUAUUUCCUGCACGAAAACGAAGCUGUUGGAGGAGGAAUCGUUAUCCGUCUUUUGAACAGGUACAUCGACCCUGUGAUCGGGGCCGACUCUUUCGAAGCUGGCUCAACUAACAAAGAGGGUGAUUUGAAUCCUCAGGAGGGUAUUCAGGAGCUUUACUCCCACAUUGACAGAGAAAAGAGGGAGGGAAGAGCUAAUGUUGACGGAAGCGAGUUGGAUACGUUAAACUCCAAACCCGUUAAACUAGGCAAGAUGCCCAUGGAUCCGGAGUAUUCCAAAGAGUUAGAAGCUGAACUGAAGCAUCGUGAUGAAAAUGAGAGUCAGGCCCACAAGAAGGUCGAUACUACUCUUCUUGAAGAAUACAACGCAAACUUCAAGACCGAUCCCAAUGACGAAACUGCCCCUACUAGGGAAAGUAUACCUUUCCCAGCCAAGACUGCUGUUGAUCUGAAACAUGAAAUUCAGGUGAUUCAAGACUCUAGAGCUAAAAUCAAGCUUUCUGCAGUGCAGGCGGCCUUGCCUAGUGUGUGCAUGUACACCUUCCACAACACCAACAACGACUUGACUACUUUGGAGUUCAACGAUGAUUGUACGAUGGUUGCUGGUGGAUUCCAAGAUUCUUUUAUCAAACUGUGGAGUAUUGAUGGUUCUCCCUUGAAAUCUGUUUUGAAAAAUGAUAUUCACAACCAGACCAUAGAUGGAAUUGCAGUCAACGGAAGCAGACGUCUGGUAGGCCACAGUGGAGCAGUAUAUGGACUAAGUUUCAGUCCCGACAACCACUACCUUCUUUCUUCAUCGGAGGACAAGACCGUCCGUCUAUGGUCUACCGAUACGUACACAUCUCUUGUGUCGUAUAAGGGCCACAACUCACCUGUUUGGGAUGUGAAAUUUUCACCCUUGGGCCACUACUUUGCUACUGCAUCCCAUGACCAAACCGCAAGACUCUGGAGCUGCGAUCACAUCUAUCCUCUGCGUAUGUUUGCCGGUCAUCUUCAUGAUGUCGACUGUGUCGAGUUCCACCCAAACUCUUCAUAUAUCUUCACGGGAUCCAGCGAUAAGACCGUGCGCAUGUGGGAUGUUGCCAGAGGUGAAUCUGUUCGUGUGUUCAUGGGUCACAGUGGACCUAUCAACACAAUUGCAGCCUCGCCUGACGGAAGAUGGUUGGCCACAGCUGGUGAGGACAGUGUGAUUAAUGUUUGGGAUAUCGGGUCUGGUCGCAAGCUGAAGACGAUGAGAGGUCAUGGCAGGUCAUCGAUAUACUCCUUGAGUUUUUCAAAGGAGGGAUCCGUUCUUGUCAGUGGUGCCUCGGACUGCUCGGUGAGAGUGUGGGACAUCAAGAAGGGCACACUGGACAAUCCACCAGAGCCUGAAAAGUACUCCACUGAAUCAAAUGGCGAUGCUGUCACUUCCCAAACCGGGAAUGGAGCCAGUGGAUUGAAGAGAACAGAAGAUCAAAAGAAGAGAACUGACAUAGUUGGUACCCAGGACCACAUGGCCGUUUACCACACCAAGAGGACUCCCGUGUACAAAGUGCAUUUCACAAGAAGAAACCUGUGCCUCGCAGCUGGUGUUUUUACAGGUUGA